AUGAAAGACCUAGCUUUAUUAAACAAUGAUCGCUUGUUAUGUACAUCUCAAAAACUCCCAUUAGAUAGUUUUGAACAUAUAGCUCCAUGGAUUGGUGUAAAUGAAAGCCAGUUAAGAACUGAAUAUAUGCAACUGAAAAAUAAUAUAAAUCAACUAAUGAAUGGAAUAAAACCAUCUUCAGAACUAGAUGCAUUAAAUUCAAAUAUGGGUAUUGACAACAAUCAUGGGAUUUCAAGUUCUACUGAGGAGGAGAUUUCAGAUAAUGAAACAAUAAUUGAAAAAGAUAAUGCCUCACAACUAAAAUAUCAGUAA